AGAUACCCCGGUGCUACUAAACCCAACUGCCAACUGGCUUUUCCGAAAGCUGCCUGCAUUCAACUGAAUCAGUUGGGGUUAGAUAGCGAAACAAGGCGGUUUGAAUUCUCUUGGAAAUAAAAACGCAUCGGAAACGGGCGCCCGAAUAGUUCGAGAACGUCACAUAGCGAGGCAGAGCUUCGAACGCAACGCAACACAACAGACAUCGCUUAUUGUGGCAGUAUUUCAGUUGACCAGUCAGUAUUCGCCGCUAGCCGGAAGUGUUUGUUGUGGAAGGAAGCUUUACAAGUGCACAAGGCUUGAGUUUUUCUCCUCCCAAGGAAAAUUGUAAAGCAAGCAACAACAACAAGAAAAUAAAAAACAUAAAUUAUGGCUGACCAAGUUAUAAAAACGGGAACAACUCCGGCCCUCAAGCAUAUCUUUGAUAUAAUACAAGACAUAUUCGAUUUUAUUGUAUUAAUUUGUCAAAUGACAUUGGAAGUAUUCAAGGCCGGGGUGGAGAAAGUAGUCGGGAAAACUCCCAAAGAUGUCAGUGGUGAAAUUGUGUUGAUAACCGGAUCCGGACAUGGUAUUGGUCGUGAAUUGACAAUGCAAUAUGUCAGUCAAUAUAGUACCGUUAUCUGUGUGGACAUCAACGAGAAGAACAAUAAGGAGACAUUGAAAAAGGCCAAGGCCCUCAAUCGGGGCGUGGUGCACAGUUAUAUCUGCGAUGUAACGGAUCGCGAAGCAGUAUUAAAUCUAGCCACACACAUAAAGCGUGAUAUUGGUCCAGUAUCGGUGCUAAUAAACAAUGCCGGUAUUAUGCCCACAAAACCGUUAGAAAAACAAACCCCAGAUGACAUACGCAGGACGUUUGAGAUCAAUGUUUUCGCGCACUUUUGGACAUUGGAAGCUUUCCUGCCGCACAUGAAGGAACAAAAUCGUGGACACAUCAUAGCCCUGUCGUCAAUGUGUGGCGUGGUUGGUAUACCCAACCUGGUGCCAUAUUGUGCAUCGAAAUUUGCCGUGCGCGGUCUUAUGGAGGCCCUGUACAAUGAAAUGCAUUUGGGUCCGUAUAAGAAUUUGAUAAAAUUCACCGUCAUCUAUCCAUAUGCCGUUGACACCGGACUCUGCGAGAGUGUCCAUUCUAGAUUCCCCUCCAUGCUGGCCAUGUUGGAUGCCAAAUAUGUGGCCGAGAAAAUCAUUGAAGCCCAUCGUUGCGAGCUGACAAAUGUGGCAUUGCCGCCCUGUAUGUUGCAUUUGAAUAACUGGACCCGCCUCCUGCCCCACACAGCUGCCUUACAUUUGUUCGAUUACAUGAAUUGUGGCAUAGAAAGUAAAUCAUAAGUUGGACGGGGUUGUUUAUGCAUUUAACGGGCAUUUGUUAUUGUGAAAAUAAUUAACGUUUAUUUUUAUUUUGAAAUAAAUAUAUUUUAUACCUUGAA